CAGCAGCAAGAUCCCUCCCUCCCUUCUGUAAGGAGCUGGAAAAAGGGUCCUGGCUCCUGCAGUCUCGUUCUCGGUGCUCCAGGACUCCCAUUCCUAGAGCCCAGCAAGGCUUGCAUAGGCUCAGCUAUGCUCUCUCCUGCGCCAAUACAAGCUCCUGGAUCUACUGCUUGCAAAGAAAAAAAAAAUCUAACAACCUUUUAAAGUCUCAGAGAAGCAGGAGGCGCGCUGGAAAACGGUCGAUCCUGGGAUUUAUUAUUUUUGACAAUCUCAUCAUUUUGGGCCUGACUCACAGCUUUUGAAUGUUUGGGACAGAGAGCAGAAAGGAAAAGUAGUUUUGCUCAGCACGGGCAGCGAGGACAAGAAGGAGGGGAGGUGCAGUGACAAGGCGACGGAGGGGGCUGUCGCCCUGUUUCCAGCCCUUCUCUGUCCUCGCCGGGGCUCGUGGUUGUCCCUGGAACCAGCACAGCAGGCAGGCUGGCCAUCCCCUGGGCCCCCAGGAUGGCACAGGAGACAGCCCCCAUCCUGCUGGUUGUCCUCGCCAGGCUGGUGUCAUCCACAUGGCAUGAAGGGUCUGGCUACUACACAGCUGAGAGCCACACCAAUGAAGUGUAUGUGGAAGAACUCCCUCCCGAGCCUGCCCUAGACUACCGCCGAGUGCCCCAGUGGUGUGCCACGCUCAACAUCCACCGUGGAGAGGCCACCUGCUACUCGCCCCGGGGGAGCUCCUACCGCAGCAGCCUGGGGACACGCUGUGAGCUGAGCUGCACCCGCGGGUACCGGCUGGUAGGGCCCAGCACUGUCCAGUGCCUGCCCAGCCGCCGCUGGUCUGGGAUGGCAUAUUGCCGACAAAUCCGGUGCCAUGUGCUGCCGGCAGUGCUGCGGGGCUCCUACGUGUGCUCAGCUGGAGUGCAGAUGGAUUCCCGCUGUGACUACAGCUGCCUGCCCGGCUACCAGCUGGAGGGCGACCGGAGCCGCAUCUGUAUGGAGGAUGGGCGCUGGAGUGGGAGCGAGCCAAUCUGUGUAGAUAUGGAGCCUCCCAAGAUCCGCUGUCCAGACUCCCGGGAGCGGAUAGCUGAGCCAGGCAAGCUGACUGCCACAGUCUACUGGGACCCGCCUCGUGUGAAGGAUUCUGCUGAUGGCAUCAUCAAGAGGGUGAUGCUACGGGGCCCAGAGCCUGGCUCUGAAUUCCCUGAAGGAGAGCAUGUGAUACGCUACACUGCCUAUGACCAGGCGUACAACCGAGCCAGCUGCAAGUUCAGCAUCCGCGUCCAAGUGAGGCGCUGCCCUGUCCUAAAGCCUCCGCAGAAUGGCUACCUCUCCUGCACCUCUGAUGGCAACAACUACGGUGCAACCUGCGAGUACCUGUGCGACGGAGGCUAUGAGCGCCAGGGCACUUCCCUGAGGGUCUGCCAGUCCACCCAGCAGUGGACAGGCUCUCAGCCCCUUUGUGCACCCAUGCAGAUCAACACUGCUGUGAACUCAGCCACCAGCCUGCUGGACCAGUUCCAUGAGAAACGUCGUCUCCUUGUCAUCUCAGCUCCUGACCCCUCUAACCGCUACUACAAGUUGCAGAUCUCCAUGCUACAGCAAGUGGCCUGCGGGCUGGAUCUGCGGCACGUCACCACCAUCGAGUUGGUGGGACAGCCCCCACAUGAGGUGGGACGCAUCCGGGAGCACCAGCUGUCCCUCAGCAUCAUUGAGGAGCUUAGGCAGUUCCUGCACCUCACCCGCUCCCACUUCAAUGCCGUGCUUCUGGACAAGGCAGGCACCGACCGUGAGCGCUACAUCUCCCCUGUCAACCCUGACGAGCUCUUUGUCUUCAUUGACACCUACCUACUGAGCGAGCAGGAGGCAGCACGGCGGGCACAAAGUGGGGACCCCUGCGAGUGAGGCAGCACAGGGGAGACCCCCCCGUCUACUGCCACCGGUCUCAGAGGACAGGUAUCUUCCUUUCUGCUUUUCUAGUUGCCCACCAUAGAGGAGGACCAGGCUGCUGAGGACCUCCAGGGGAAGGGGGAGCCUCUCUCCAGCUGCUCUGGCAUAGAGAUGCGAGCAGGGACAGGGAUGAGAGCCACGUGCCAGCAGCAUCCCCACUGCCCAGCGCUCAGGAGCAGCCUCCAGCUGGGCGGUGGGAUGGCUCAGCCCAGCCAGGACCAUGGUGGGAGACGCCAGAACCCCUCUUGCUCAAACACACAGGGCAGGGUGGAGAAGGGUGUCCAACACUGGGCUGCCAGAGCAGAGGACAGCACAGACACAGCAACCACCUCUAAUACAGCAGCUCCACCCUCCCCACCCCAUGCACAACCUGAACCUGCUCCCUCCAGCCUGGGGUCAGCCGUGGCAGGCAGGUGCUGCGCUUCCAGGUCCUGCCAGCAAGCCUUUAGCAUCAGUAAAAGCAAACAGUCUCCCACUUGGCAAAGCCAGCAGCCAUCAGCACACAGCAUAGCUCUCCCGAGGGCUCACCGUCCCCACCCUGCCCUUUGUUCCCCCAGGGCACCCUUCCU